AUGCAGAAAGUUCGAAAAUCAGUGUCUGUUCAUUCUACUCAUCAAUCUGAUGAUGUUAUUGAGCAAUCAUCCAUAGAUCAACGAAGAUAUUUAGAACCUCCAUUGGAUAAAACAAAAUCAUUGCCAAUAAAACAAUCAGAUGGAAAUUCGAAGCGUAAUAGUGCUUAUAUUUCUGAUCUUAUCAAUGUUGAAAGUUUGCUCAAUAUUCGAGAAAUGCAAUCUAUACAACGCAAACUUCAUAAUACUUCAUCAUUUGAAGAUCGUAUUAUAAUAAAUGUAUGUGGUGAUCGUUAUGAAACUCAUCGUACAACACUUAAACGUUAUCCAGAUACAUUACUUGGUAAUCGUAAACGAUGCAAAUAUUAUUAUGAUAAAACACAUAAUGAAUAUUUUUUUGAUCGUAAUCGAUCAUGUUUUGAAGCAAUACUUUAUUAUUAUCAAUCACAUGGCCGAUUAAGACGGCCAAAUUAUGUUCCAAUUGAUACAUUUCUUGAAGAAAUUAAUUUUUUUCAAUUAGGUCAAGAAGCUCUUAAUCAAAUACGAAAAGGUGAAAAUAUUAAAGAAGUUAAAAAAGUACCGUUACCAAAAAAUCGUUUUCGAAAAUAUUUAUGGGCAACUAUGGAAUAUCCUGAUUAUUCAAUUAUGGCUAAAAUUGUUAGUAUUUUAUCAUUACUUAUGAUUCUUAUUUCAACUAUUGCUCUUGCUGUUGAAUCAUUACCACAAUAUACAAAUCUUGAGCAAUUAGCUUGUUAUAAUUCACCUAUUAAUGAUUCAAAUAAUACAAAUGAAACAGCACAAGUUUUGCAUGAUAGUGAAAAUACUUGCAGUGAUUAUCUUAAAUCAUCGUUUUUUAUUAUUCAAAGUGUAUGUGUUGGAUUUUUUACAAUCGAACUUAUACUUCGUAUAAUAAGCGCACCAGGAUUUAUUGAUUUUGUAAAAGAUAUAAUGAAUUGGAUUGAUAUUAUAGCUGUUGUACCAUAUUUUAUUACACUUGGUAUAUACUUAGCUGAUCAAUAUAAUGCAAUCAAUACAUCAACAGCUGAUGGUCUUCGUUUUUUACGUAUUCUUCGUUUUGCACGUGUUCUUAAAUUUUAUCGUGUAUUUAAAAAUAUAAAAUCUUUGCGUGCAUAUGGAGCAACAAUUCGAGAAUCAAUAUUAGAUUUUUUGUUCUUGAUUAUUAUUUUAACAUUAUUAAGUUUUUUUUUUGGUGCUGCUGUUUAUUUUGCUGAAAAUGAUGUAAAUGGUCAAACAUUUGAUUCUGUACUUAAAGCAACUUAUUGGGGAAUUAUUACAAUUACAGGUGUUGGAUAUGGUGAUAUGACACCUAUCACACCAGCUGGACGAGUAAUAACAUGUUUCUGUGCAUUAUGUGGUGCUGCAACAAUUGGUAUGCUUGUCUCAAUUCUGGUGGAUCGAUAUCAACGUGUUUUUGCUCGAAAAUUAUAUAUAAAUGAAGAUAUAAUUGAUUUUUCGGAUUUUUCUGAUGAUGAAAAUAAUGAUGCAGAUUCUAGACGUGGUUCAGCUCUAUUUCAUCGACGUCGUAGUACGAAAGAAACUGAAGAUUCUAGACGUAAUUCAGGUCUAUUUCGUCGACGUUGUAGUACGAAAGGAAGUGAAGAUUCUAAACAUGGUAUAAAUCUAUUUCAUCGACGUCGUAGUACGAAAAUAAGUGAAGAUCCAAAUGUAAGUGCUAGACAUAAUUCAAUAUCUGACAAAAAUAAUAAACAUGUAAUACCUAUAAUCAACGUUUCAUUAGCACCGGAUAUAGAAGAUAUCGAUGAAGAUUCAAUGAAUCAACAUAAUAGUGGUGUUCAUUUUAUUAUGGGUUAUGUUGAUAAUGAAAAACAUGAAAAAUCACGUGAUUUUUUAGAAACAAUAAGUUCUGCUGUUGCUCAAAAACGAACUUCUGGUGAUGAUAUAGAAUUACGUAUCAUAUCUGAUGAUCAACAAUCAUCAAGUUCAAAUGCUGCUAAAUUUCGUAUUUCCAUGUCUUCCGAUGAAGCUACAGAUGAUGAUGACGACGAUGAUGAUGAUGAUGAUGAUGACAGACUAACCCAAAUUACUACUGAUAAUUGA